GGCCGGUUGUGUUCCACGAGCUAGCAUGUUGUUUCCAUUAAAAUAAAUAAAACCUACAGACAGUUUCGUGUAGCUAGCAGUCGGUAGACGUUAAACGGACUUCAACCCUCCGAAUUCACCGUCCCCUUUCGUGUAUCCCAUUCAAAAAAGGGGCUUUUAUACGGAAAAUGUCAACGUAACACGCAGCUGAGUGGGCGCCUGUCCCUUUAAGGGUUAUGUAGCUUGGCUAGUCAAAUGUAGGACGAACGAGCGUGCUCCGAGCUCCGGCUGCCGUCCCCGUCAUGGCCUCCGAGGCAACACCACCGCCGCCGCCGCCGCCGAGGAGGAACCGACCGGCAGGCGGCCCUUCCCUUCCAGACGCGGAGCAGAAGCGGUAGAGGCGAGCCGCCGCCGCCACCUUCGCCUCCCAGCCAAUGCCACCCCGGUCUCCCCGGAGCCAAGUCCGGCUACUCGAUAAAAGGAGGCUGCGGUGGCAGAAACAUGUCAACAAACAGGGAUUAUUCCGUUAAUCUGUCGGUGCAGCAAGUGCUCAGUCUUUGGGUGCAAGGGACGGCGUUGCAGCACUUCGCAGAAAUGUGGUACUGGGUGUUCCUGUGGUGUCUGUUCUCAUCCCUGUUGGUCCACGGUGUGAUGGGGCUGCUGAUGUUUGUCAUGCUUCAGCGCCACAAGCGAGGCCGUCUCAUCACGCUGGUGCUGGUCAGCGUGGGAUUCCUGGCCUCCCUCUCUGGAGGCGUCAUCACCAGUGCAGCAAUAGCAGGCGUAUACCGCGUAGCCGGGAAAGACAUGGCGCCGCUGGAGGCUCUGCUCCUCGGCGUGGGCCAGACGAGCCUUUCCGUCGUAAUUUCCUUCUCCCGCGUUCUGGCCACGCUAUGAAAUGAAGGUAACUUUUUCAAGGACACGCAGCGGAUCAACUGCAGCCAUUCAACUCUGGACUAUUUUGGACCAGGUUUUAAAAAUCUCUGCCACUUCCGGACUACUAAGGGGUUCUCAAAUGGCAAUUUUUUUGAAUGCAUCCAACUGUUCUGGAAUUAUUUUAAGACACUCAAACGCACAUAUUUUCGUAAUCCCCUGAGUCUUAUUCAUUUCUGCUGCUUAGUUUUCUUUUAAAAAGUGUCCCUUAAAGGUUUGAUUUGUCAAGUCGGAACAAGCAAAACCAGCAGGUGGUAUUAAAACAAAAAAAUGGAAGACUCGUCGCAAUUUUUUUGGGGGGACGACGAGUGGUUUCAAGGUAAGAUGGACUGACGUUUCCUUGUUCAGAAGCGGACGAAUGGAUUCUUGACUUUUUUGCAGUUUGCACGGAAUUUACUCUUGCCUUGUUUUAGCGCACAACAACGCGAUGUUCACUUGUUCUGAAACAAAACCUGCCCAAAAUCCCGCUAAACAAAAAGUACAUUAUGCCAAAGUAUCUGCUAGACUAGCUUUAUUUGUCUUUAUUUUAAUAUCACUUUUUUAAUGAAUUGUAAACGCCACCAGGUUGUGUAACUAAAAUGAUUCACCUUAACAAUCAGUUCAGCACACAAGAGGGCGCCAUUGCACCGAAUUGAAAGAACUGGUGGUGACAAAUGUGACUGAAUAUGUCUUACCUUUGCCCUUCUGAAUGUUUUCUCACUUUUUUUCAGGGACCAAUGUUGAGUUCCUAGUGACUCACCUGCUGUGUUGGCACUGAAUCUUUAAUUUAUUAUUUUUCUAUGUAUGAUUUGAAAGGUGCUUUUGCAGUGUGUAUGUGUGUAAUUGCCACCGACAGUAUUAUUUGGGUACUGUGCUUUAAUCUUGAAAGGUAUUAAUAAUUUAAAAUUAUGCCCUAAAGCAGUGUUUAACAAAAAAAUGAUGCAGACUGAAAUAUUGAUUUUUGUUUUUUUUACUCACAAAACCAGGGAAUGAAAUGCUCCUAAUGUUUCAAUGGCAACAACUGGGCACAAAUUCUGCCAUCUAGUGGAAGUGCAAACGUCAUUUUUGUAUGUCAAAUGGUUGCACAAAAUGAAUAUGAACCCACAAUAUGUAUAAAUUCAGAUUUGUUCAUUCAAUGAAAUUCUGUUUCAUCUUAAAAUUAUUUUGUGCAACUAUUUGUCGAAAAAAAAAAAAUUAGUAAACUUAAUUUCACUUAGAACAAUUGAUGUUUAAAUCAUGAAGUUUCAUCUUAAAAUUAUUGUGUACAACUAAGUGACAUAAAAAAAAAUUGAGUAAACCUAAUUUCACUUAAUUUUGUUGUAUUACAUUGAUGUUUUAUAGUUGUGCAACUACCUGGAAAAAAAAUACAAUUAUUAAAUCUAUUUUUUAAAUAAAAUUAUCUGAACUUAGCUUUACAUACAGUGGUCUGAAAAAGUAAACCAUUUGGAAUUUCUCACAUUUCUGCAUCAAAUCACCAUCAAAUCUGACCUGCUCUUUGUAAAAAUCACACAGAUGUAGAAACAGUGUCCGUGUUAACAAAAACCACCCAAACAUUUAUGGGUUUUCAUAUUUUAAUUAGGAUAGCAUGUAAACAAUGUGAACCCUCUUCCUAAGGAGACUUUAAAAGCAAUUAAAACCAAUUUUUUACCAAACAAUUUAAGUCAGGUGUGUGCCCAAUGACUGAUGAGUGGUUUAAAGCUGCCUUGCCCACUAUAAAACACACACCUAGUAAAAAAAAUUGUCUCGAUGUGAAGCAUUGUCUGACGUGCAUCAUGGCUUGGUCAAAAGAGCUGCCUGAAGACCUGCGAUCAAGGAUUGUUGAUUUGUAUGAAGCUGGGAUAGGAUACAAAACCAUCUUUAAAAGUCUGAAUGUUCAUCAAUCGACACUCAGAGAAGCUGUCAACAAAUGGAGAGAGUUUGGCACUGUUGCUUCUCUCCCAAGGAGUGGCCAUCCACCAAAGAACGCAGAGUUCAGUGCAGAAUACUCAGAGAGGUAAAAAAGAACCGUAGAGUGUCUGCUAAAGAUUUACAGAAAUCACUGACACAGUCCAAUAUCUCUGUGCACUCAUCAAUCAUGUGUAAAACUAUGGCCAUGAAUGGUGUUCAUGGGAGGACUCCACGGAGGAAGCCACUGCUGUCUAAAAAACAUUGUUGCUCAAUUAAUGUUCGCAAAAAGGCACUUGGACACUCCACAGAAGUUUUGGCGAAAUACUUUGUGGACUGAUGAAACCGGAGUUGAAUUGUUUGGGAGUUACACACAGCGUCAUGUGAGGAGGGAAAAUGGAACAGCUCACCAACAUCAUCACCACCGUGAAGCAUGGUGGAGGGAGCAUCAUGAUUUGGGGCUGUUUUGCUGCCUCAGAGCCAGGACAACUUGCAAUCAUCAAUGGAAGAAUGAAUUCAUAAGUUUAUCAGGAUGUUUUGCAAGAAAACCUGAGGCCGUCUGUGAGGCAGUUGAAGAUAAAAAGAGGAUGGAUGCUGCAACAAGACAAUGAUCCAAAACACAGAAGUAAAUCAACUUCAGAAUGGUUUCAGAAGAAGUAGAAAAUACACGUUCUGGAGUGGCCAAGUCAAAGUCCAGACUUGAACCCAAUUGAGAUGCUGUGGCAUGACCUAAAGACAGCGAUUCAUGUCAACAUUCCAGGAACCUGACUGAACUACAGCAGUUUUGUAGAGAAGAAUGGGCAAAGAUUAGUCCUGAUCGGUGUUACAGACUGAUCUGCAGCUACAGGAAGCGUCUGGUUGAAGUUACUGCUGCCAAAGAGGCAGCUACAAAAGUGGUGGUUCACUUAUUUUCCCCCUUUUGUCAUUGUUUGCAUGCUCUACCCAUUAAAAUAUGAAAACCGAUAAACGUUAGGGUGGUUUUAGUUAAAGCAGACCGUUUUUUCAUCUGUGUGAUUUUGACAAAGAUCAGAUCACAUUUGAUGGUGAUUUCAUGCAGAAAUGUGAGAAAUUUCGAAAGUUUCAGAUACUUUUUCAUACCACUGUAAUUUUAAUGAUUUUUGUUGAAUUUUUUUGUGAAGUAAACUCACGCAUCCUUCCAGCGUACACGCAAAAAACAAUUUCCUGGCUAAGCAGUUGUGCCAUAAGCAAAUCUGAAUAUCAUUUUUAAAUUUCCACCGCCAUUUUGACAUUUAGAGCUAGCUGUGUUUUCUUUGUAUACUGACGCAGCAACAAAAAAAAUGAACUCAAUCACUGCCAUUGACAGCUGUAGACAUCCAAUCCCUUUUAAUGUAACCAAUUAAACUCACACCUCAAAGUUUCACAUCAACAUUGCAUUUUAAAGUUGUGUUUGAGUUUAUUUUCUAAGCAGAUUAAAAUGGCUUGGACAUCCAUCACUGUCAAAGGCAGCAAAUAUACAAAAUACCACAAUUUAACAAAAAAAAUGUCCAAAACUCAGUGGCGCUUGUAUACAAUGUAUAAAAUGUGAAUUUUUUUCUUAAAAAAAAAAGGACACACAAAAAAACAUUUUGUACCAGCCAAACAGCUGAUAUUUAUAACAAUGGCUUAUUUAUGUACAAUUGUUCCUUGUAAAUAUCAAGUCAGUUGAAAUAAAAAAUCUUUUUAGAAUACUAAAACGCUCCCGCUGUCUACAUUCCGACCUUACAUUUAAACGGGUUCGACGUCUAUCACCAUCAAUGAAUACAGUUACAAAACGCUUCCUGUUUUCAUAUAGCGGUCGUUGACCUUCUUAUCAGUUGCCUUCAGCUUUUCUCGCUGAUUAUAAAGCGACCAGCGACAUGGAUUGCCAGACGCUCAAAAAAACAAGGUGAUAAACCCACCCACCACCCUCCCAAAAAAAAAAAAAAAAUCACAUCCUGAGAGAGUUCACGAAUAGCAACGCAAAUGUCAAACGUUUCAAAACGAACAAUUGUUGAUCUUGAAUUGGCCUUUUUUUUGGCUUUGUUUCGGAAUCUCAUGCCAACAAUUAGGAACUGUUGUCUGAAAAAGACAAUGCACAACUAGUCUAAAAAAAGGCUAAAAAGUGGCAAUUAGGAGGUGCUGAUCUGCACGUCCGCCAUGGAGCAGAAAUUGGUGAGAUUAGUCUAAAUUAAUCGUGGUGGCCUCAUGGUGUUCUCCUGGCUCCGCCUUCUG